UCGCUUCCUGGCGCAACACUGGGGCAUGUUUUUUGAAAGAAUAGCCCAGCCCUGUAACCCGCCUACCACCCUCCCUCUUCCCCUUCGGUGCGUCUCGGUCCGCCCGCAGCGAGUCUCUCCUUCCCGGUGAGGGCUUCUCUUUUUUUUUUUUUUUUCUUUUUUUUUUUUCUUUUUUUUUUUUUUUUUUACACUACUACAGAGAUGGCUGCGAAAGUGUGCAGAUCGGUCCUCCUGUUGUCCCGGAGCAGCGGAGCAGCGGCCGGCAGCCUCCCCGCGCUUGUCGCGUCCUCGCAGGGGAACCAGCAGCACAUCAGAGCGGAGGUGCUGCCUGCUACUUUCACCCGUCAGACCGUCAGGAGAGCCCACGCCCUGCGGUCAGCAGCCCACGCCGCGCUCUUCACCCAGACCACCACUGCCCUGUGUCCACAGGUUUGGAAGGGCGCCCCCUCAUGGCAAGGCCACAGACUGUUGUGUUCCUCCGCUGCUCCGGAAGAGGUGACGGUGGUGUAUCAGAACGGUCUGCCUGUGAUCUCGGUCAGCUUGCCGUCCAGGCGAGAGCGCUGCCAGUUCACCCUCAAGCCUCUCAGCGACUGUGUGGGAGUUUUCCUCCAGCAGCUCCAGGCGGAGGACAGAGGCAUCGACCGUGUAGCCAUCUACUCCAUGGAUGGAGCGAGGAUCGCCUCCUCCACGGGGAUAGACAUCCUGCUGCUGGAUGAUUUUAAGCUGGUCAUCAAUGACACCACACAUGUCGUGCGACCACCAAGGAGAGAGAUCCUGCCCCACGAGGAGGCCGAGAGGCUAAAUGACGUCAAAUUUCUCGUGCAGCAGCUCUACACCACGCUGCGCAUCGAGGAGCACCAGCUCAGCAAAGAGCGGGAGCUGAUCGGACGACUGGAGGACCUCAACUCUCAGCUCCGCCCCCUAGAGAAGGUGAGAGAGGAGCUGAGUAAGAAGGCGGAGCGUCGUACCACCUGGGUGCUGUGGGGGGGCAUGGCGUACAUGGCCACGCAGUUUGGCAUCCUGGCCAGGCUGACUUGGUGGGAAUACUCCUGGGACAUCAUGGAGCCCGUCACCUACUUCAUUACUUAUGGCACUGCGAUGGCUAUGUAUGCCUACUUCGUGCUCACGCGUCAGGAGUACGUUUAUCCCGACGCCAGAGACAGACAGUAUCUGCUGUUCUUCCACAAGGGCGUAAAGAGGACACGCUUUGACGUGGAGAAGUACAACAAGCUGAAGGAUGAUAUCGCUGAGGUGGAACUUGAUUUGAAGCGCCUACGGGAUCCACUCCAGCUUCAGCUCCCCAUUCAGCAGCUGCCUGCCGACAAAAAUUGAUGGCAGGCGUGACUCCUAUCCUCUCUGAUCUCCUGCAACCGACCUUCUUUCUUUCCCCUCCCCUCUGCCGUCUGAAAUCAGACCCCCCCCCCACCCACCCCCAGUCUCCCCCCCCCCCUCCUCUCCCAUACCGAUUCUCCUGUCUUUUUCCUAACUGCGAAAGGCUCCUUUUUUUCCCCUUUCUUGGCUAAAAUCUAUUGUUGGAACUUGAGAAUGCCUCCGACGGAAAACUUCUCACAGCUGAAGGAUGAAGAUGACGACGAUGAUGAUGAUGAUUACAAAAAGCAAAUUGGAUUAGCCUCAAAACUCUGGAGGGGCUACCUGCAGGGGUGAAUGUGAAUUAUCUCGCUCGUAAGCACUCCGAGACAGGGAGCACGCCGAGGAGCAGCCUUUUGAGUCCAUGUGUGCGUGUUGGAGAGGGAUCACCAAUGUCGGCUGCGCCAAAGGUCCACACAGCAGCAUCCUCACUCCAUAAACACACACACACACACACACACACACACACACACACACACACACACACACACACACACACACACACACACGCUCUUCCUACCGGGCUGUACAGGCUCCAGGGACAAGUUUACAGGACGUUCUGACUGCAGCCACACCAUCACGGAGACUCCGGUCUCCCUGCGUCCGAACUCUGCUGCCUCCCCUCCCCUCCCCUCCCCUCCCACCGCGCCUCCUCCAGGUGACGGGACAGCUUUCCUUUCCCCCGCGCGACCUUCGUUAGGAGCAUCUAUAUCUCUGCAGGAUGCAGGAACGCCUCGUUUUCUCUUCCUGUUGAUGUCCUGUAGCGGCCUGGGCAUCCGCAAGUCAGAGAGUCCUACCGACAACAACAUCACUGUGCGUUCUUUUAUUCCAAAAAAAAAAACGAAAAAAAAAAAAGGUUAUAAUAAUAUUUUGGCACUUUUUAUUUUGAAAGCCAUACUAUAUUUGUUAUGACAAAAUAUGGGUAUAUAUGUAUACAAUCAACUAAACAGACAACCAGAAGCUCUUUUUUUUUUUUUUUUUUUUUUUUUGGUUUUCCAGUGGGGGGAGGAGCUUUCCUACAAACAUUUCAUCUUUAAAGACGAUAUAAUAUGCACCCCCCCUAAAAGGACUCUGCUAAUGUAACAGCGUCACACUUUACUCAAAAAAAAAACAAACAAAAACAAAAAAAACCCUUGUAGUAAAAGCGUUGUAUGUUUUCAAGGACAAGCGCACAAUAUAUAUGUGGCAUUCAUUCUAAAGAGAAACGCUCCUGUGCAUGGACACUGAGAGGGAGGAAGCAACUCUGAAGCCAGAUCAGGGGG